AUGACAGAUGCCAAUGGGUCUAUUAGGCUCAUUCGAAGGGGAAAAGUAGACAGAGAGAUAGAAAUACUAGACAGAGAGCCAAUCAGCAUGCGCACGUAUUUAAGUCUUGUAAUUGAAUCUCUUAACAAAAAAAGAGACUUUGUCCUGGGCUUGGUCAUUCCCGCGGAGUCCGCCGAUGAUGUUUCCCAUGACGACAACAUUUCCACAGAAGUUGUGGGCAAAGGAAUGGUCUAUCUCGCAGAGUGCAUAAACAUGCACAGAUUCAUCGUGUCCCACAACAACCCCAACGUCAUCUCGGUGUGCAAGAAAAACGUUGUGGACCCAAAUAUGAAAUGCCACAUAAAAAGCAUCUACUACUACGCUCUGAAGUAUCUUGAGCUAAGCGAGCUGAUGAACAGCAAAGACAAAGAGCUUUUUAAAACGCUUUCCCGGGUGCUGGAAGACUCGCCUGAAGCAGUUUCUGAGCUGGCGCACUCCAACCCCGUCAUUCUCUCGAGCGAGUGGAUCGGCACAGAGAACGACUACCACACGAACAGCAUAUUUCACAUGUACCUAGAACAGAACAAAAUACUGGGAUACGUGUUUGAUGCGAAAAAGCUGUGCGAAAGGGAGAUAAGAAAAGAGCAGAUAAUAUUCAAAAGUGUCAUAGGCUUUUUUCUCGUCUUUGUUGCUCUUUCGUUUAUUGUGCACUUUUUUACAAAGGGAGUCACAAUGCUAACGGUGCUAGUGCAUAUUUUUACAGCAGCAACAUGCAUUCUGCUUCUCUUUGUCAAUGCGUGCAUGUAA